AUGUCAUUGGUGGAGAUGGAACCCAUGGGAUUUGUGGAGGGAUUUGGAGUGAUUGAGAUCCUAGAGGAUUCAGAGGAAGAUGAAGACCGAAUUGUUUUAGCCAUGAAUGGGGUUUUGGCUUUCAGCAAGAUUACCAGAAAACACAAAUUAUCUGAACUGAAGAUGGCUCAAUCAGUUUUCAUGCUUAUCCAUGGAAUUCUUCUGCAUCUAUUUACAGUUACUCCUUUGUUAGGACAAUACAGCAAGCUCAUAACUGUGACCUUCUGUAUUCAUGCUCACAUUUCUAGUGUUUUAUCUCCUACUGGACAUGAUCUCUCACAUGAGAAAGUGGGUGUUUGUAAUCCUGUGAUGCUGCUGGAUGAGAUUGACAAGACUGGUUCUGAUGUGCGUGGGGAUCCAGCUUCAGCUCUGCUGGAGGUUCUUGACCCUGAACAAAAUAAAACAUUCAAUGAUCAGUUGCAGCCUAUUCCUCCACCACUCUUAGACAGGAUGGAAGUCAUUGAGUUGCCUGGAUACACCCCUGAAGAAAAGCUUAGGAUAGCGAUGCAGUAUUUGAUUCCAAGAGUUUUGGAUCAACACGGGUUGAGCUCUGAGUUCCUUCAAAUUCCAGAGGCUAUGGUGAAACUUGUCAUUCAGCGAUACACAAGGGAGGCAGGUGUACGCAAUCUGGAGAGAAACUUGGCUGCCUUGGCUCGUGCUGCAGCUGUAAGAGUUGCAGAGCAAGAACAAGCUGUCCCAUUGAGCAAAGAUAUGCAUCAGCUUGCUUCACCAUUGUUGGAGAACAGACUUGCUGAGGGAGCUGAAGUAGAAAUGGAAGUUAUACCAAUGAAUGAAAGCAAUCAUGAGAUAUCAAACACAUUCAGCAUUGCCUCACCCUUGGUUGUGGAUGAACCUAUGCUGGAGAAAGUACUAGGGCCUCCACGGUUUGAUGACAGAGAAGCUGCAGAGCGUGUUGCAUCCCCAGGUAUAUCAGUUGGGCUUGUCUGGACUGCCUUUGGUGGAGAGGUUCAGUUUGUGGAGGCUACAGCAAUGGUAGGAAAGGGUGAACUACAUCUCACUGGACAACUUGGUGAUGUAAUUAAAGAAUCAGCACAAAUAGCACUGACAUGGGUACGAGCAAGGGCAGCUGAUCUUAAGUUGGCAGCUGCUGACGAAACCAAUCUUCUUGAGGGUCGAGAUGUUCAUAUACAUUUCCCUGCUGGUGCUGUACCUAAGGAUGGGCCCUCAGCUGGUGUGACAUUGGUAACAGCUCUGGUUUCACUGUUUAGUCAGAAAAGAGUAAGAGCAGAUACAGCUAUGACUGGGGAGAUGACUUUGAGGGGCCUUGUGCUUCCUGUUGGCGGUAUCAAGGAUAAGAUAUUGGCAGCACACCGCUAUGGCAUUAAGAGAGUGAUUCUGCCAGAGAGAAAUUUGAAGGAUUUGGUUGAAGUACCCGCUGCUGUACUUGGCAGUCUUGAGAUUUUACUAGCUAAGCGAAUGGAAGAUGUGUUGGAGCAAGCGUUUGAAGGCGGUUGCCCUUGGAGACAACACUCAAAAUUAUGA